AUGUCUGAUUGGGUAGCUGCAUUUGUGAUUGGGCUCAUCUCUCACAACCAAGGCAAUUCGUACACUCAUACAACUGAAGUAGAUGGAGCACUUCAGGCAUUUUGGGCCUCAUUUCUCUUAUUACAUCUUGGAGGUCCGGACAACAUCACUGCCUUCUCUCUGGAAGAUAGAUCACUUUGGCGAAGACACCUGCUUAGUCUCACCUUCCAAGUUACUGCCGUGAUCUAUGUUUUUGUGCAAAUAUUUCCUAACGACAAGUUGAUGAUGAUUCCGACGAUGCUGGUGUUUCUUGCUGGAGUCAUAAAAAAUGCCGAGAGGCUAUUAGCGCUUAGUCUCUCAAGCUUCCCGAGGAUAAGGGAAUGGAUGCUCUUGAGCCUCCGUAGACUCAAAAAUGCAAAGCUCCCAAACAAUUCUUCUCCUAAUGCAUGGAGAGAAUUGCUAGGAGAAGAAUGGCUUAAUGAACUCAAUGGUUUAGGAGAUGGAUAUUCUAAUGGGGGAGAAGUAAAACUUGCCGAGAGCAUCAUAGUGAAGCAUGCUUAUUGGUUCUUUCAAAUCUUUAUGUUCUUCCUUGCCGAUCUCAUCUUUAGAAAAGGAGAAUGCAAAAUGAGCCGUGAAUAUUUCCACAAAGUUUCUGCGGCAGAUGCCUUGAGGUUGAUAUCGGUGGAACUAGAUUUCAUUUAUGAGAUGCUUCACACAAAAGUUUUAGCAAUACGUUCCAAAAUGAGCUACAUUUUCCGCUUCAUAGCCUUCACUAAUAUCAUGGUGGCUUUCAUACUAUUCAAUCGCUUAAAGAAGCAUCAGCUUCCCAAACUCGAUGUGGUAAUUACUUAUUCCCUUCUUUUCGGAGGGAUUGCUUUUGAUGUAAUAGCUUUGUUCAUGCUCGUUUUCUCCGAUUGGACUGUUGCAGAAAUCAAGUGGUACAACAAAGGAUCAUCUAAACUAGGUACAAUUCUCCACAAUAUGGUAUUUGCUAUGGCUAACCUAAGGAAGCCCCAAUUCACCAAAUGUGAAGCAGAGCCUAAGGCCACUUUGGAGGUGAGGCAAUCACUGGAGGCUAUGGUCCGUGGCUCCAUAUCUAUGGGAUGAUACCAAUGAUUGCGAAUACGAAGUACUUGUCCACAAAUCCCUUUAGUAAGGAACUAUGGAUCUUUAUCUUUACGGAGGUGAGACAUAAAUCUAAGAACACGAAUCAUGAGAAUGAUUGGAG